CACUAUGUACAUUCAAAUCUAAAUCCAAACGCAAUAACAAUAUAGUUUGAAAAUUCUUAAACGUUUAUUCAUGAGAUAUUGAAUAUAUUUUCAAAGAACUUGUUGUUAUGAGUAUAAGUAAAAUAAUAUACAUAUUAUGGGGGAUCUAUACACAAAUUUUGAAAGCAUAUAAUUUGGAUAUAGUUUGAAUGUAUUAAUACGCAUACCAUGACGAUUUUAUAUGUAUCCAUAUAUAUAUAUAUAUAUAUAUGUAAAGUUUAAAUAGACGAUUAAGUACAUAGCAAAAUAUUUAGCAAUUAAGUAAUAUUGCAUAUUAUUUUGUAAUAUAUGACAUUUUUUACUCAAAUUUGUUUCUGCGUACAUAUUGUUUUAGUGCAAAUGUAUAAGGCUUUAGGGCCUAACUGUAAAAAAAAUCUAUAACUGUGAUGUAAUUUAAAUGAAUUUAUUUUUAAUUUUUAUAUUUUCAGUAUUAUUUACAUAAUAAAAAGUGUAUAUAAGUGUUAGUUUUGGUAUAUGGCAUAAACUAAGUUUUAUCUAGAUAAGAAGAAUUUUGAUGUGUGGAGUAUUUGAGAAUGCAGAUAGAAUGGGCUGGAAUAAGAGUGGCAAUCAAUGAAGGUCCCUACGUCUGGAAACUCAAACAUGGACAAUAAAUUGAAGUUUUCAGAUCGCUUGAAGGCUUUAUUGAAAACCGAGGCUCACCAAGAUGUUGAUCCGUAUAUUUUUAGUGAACCAGAACCAUUUACUGCAGCAGCAGGAAGAAACUGUACAGUAGUUCAGACCAAAAGUUCUAAAGUGAUGCAAAAUUGUAAAAAAAGUAAAGGGAAAUGUAUAAAAGAAAGGAUAAAAUUAACUCCUGUGCCAAGUGCAGGAUAUAGAACUGUUACAGAUAGAAGGACAGACUUGGAUGUGGAAUAUGGUGGUGGGAGAAGCAUAGAUCAAAAAUAUUCUAAUAUAGUUCAAAGUAAACGACGUCACUUAGAGAAUUUGGAACGACUCAGGUCAAGAAGACAGAAUCGGGACCAUACGUUGUUGUACUAUCCAAAAGCAGGAGACGAAAUAUCAGAUAGUGAGUCAAGCGGAGACGAGAUGACAGUUUAUCAACGUCAUUGGUUCUCAGGAGAUACAAGUACAGAAUUAAAUCGUUCUACAAGAUUAUCUCAAUUAAGAUCUCAGUUACGGCGACGUUUGAUUCAGUUAAAUAGAAGUGACUCAGACUCAGAAGUUCUUUUACGUGAACGUGCAAGGUGUUUAUUAGAAACUGCUUACAAGGACCCAGCAUCUACAGCAAGAGCUUUAAGUGAUUCACCAGGAACUAGUAAGAUAAUAGAUGGACCACUUUUAGUAGGAGGGCAAUGUGGUGCUGAAGGAUGUCAACAAAUUUCUUUACCUUGUACACGUCAUUGUUCUCGGCAUAUUAUGUUAAAUGGAGAUCAACUUUUAUUUGAACAUUGCACUGCCAAAUUUAGUGACAACACACAGUGUUGUAUUCCUGUGUUCGAUGUUGCACAUGAAUUACCGCUUUGUCCAGAGCAUGCUAGAAAAAGGGAUAAUUAUAAUCGUAAGGCUCAAGAAUCUAAACCAAAGAAAGCACGGAAGAAACCAGCAUCUCCUACCAUCCCAAGGCCUAAGCCAAAAUCCAGGCCAAAGAAAAGAAAACGACCUCCUGCAAAUAAAUUAGAGACCAAAGGUACUUUAGCACAUGAAGAGAGUCAUUAUAUGAGCCAAAUGAACUCUAGUGAAAGUCACAUUAAGACACUGAAUAAUAUGAGUGUAACACAAGGAAGCUCAAACUCUUCGAACUUAAACUUAGGGUUGGGACUGAGUUCUCUUGGACUAGGAGGAGGCCUGAAAGUCGAGUUAAGUGAUCAUGAAGUAUUUGCUUCUCUGGAUCCAACUGAACAUGACUUUGGAAAUGUACUCAACAAUUUACCUGCAGAUGCGUUUAAUGAUUUAUUUAUUGAAAGUAGAAAUGGUGAAUAUGAACCAUCAAGAGAGGAGGAAGAAGAAUUGGAACGAGCUUUAGAAGCAGUGGAUAAAGAUGUUCGUAAUUUAGAAAGAAUGGGACAAACACAUGGACUUUUAGAGCCAGCUUUACUUGCUCAACUUAUGUCAGAUAUAGCUUCGUAGCCCCACCUACAUUAACAUUAUAAUAAUCAGAAAAUAAAUUCGCGUGUGUUCCUUAUGAUGUAGAAAAAGAGAUACUGUUUUGUGUGUCUGUGCUGCUACAUGUAAACUUGUGUCACUGACUCGUUACUACACAGUUGCACAUGUUCGAGACAUUAGCAGGGAUUGAUAUACAUAUAUAGAAUGUGAACAAGAACAAUAGUAAACUUAUCAAUUUAGGAUGAUGGACACUAGGUAACACAUGGCUAGAUUUAAUGUCAUGUAUGACAUACAGCUUGUAAAUGUUUAAGAAUUCCAUUUUUUCCAAUUAAUAGCUAAUUAAGAAAACUGUUCAUAGUUUAAAGUUGUAGUGUAUAUUUACAGCUUACUAUGAACAUACCAACAAAUUUUAGUUAAUGAAGAUUUAUUGUACUAGCACUUUUUAGUAAUACAUUUCAUUACAUUAAUUUUUCAAAAUAUGGGCAAUGAAGAUACAAAAAGUUAUAUUACACAAAAUAAUUUACACAUUCAGCAUUCAGGAUAUCAACAUUCAGAAUAUUGCAAAAAUAUUAAGGUAUAUAUUCUCUUUUAUAUAUAUAUGUCACACAUUUAGAAUUUUAUUAUAAUUAGACAUUGUGUAUUAAUAGAGCUAUUUCACGAUCAUCUAUUUUUCUCUUUCUAUUUGUUACAUUUUACUUAAUUGCUUUAUCAAUAUAUUAUUUUUAUCUUCUCAUAGUUACAAAAACUAAAUUUUCUUGAUUUAUUCGACUAUCCUAAAUGAUUAAAAAAGACAAAGUGUGUCCAAUAUAUAAAAUUAUUUCAUAUUUGAUAUAGAUUAAGCAAAUAAAUGCAAAUAAGUGCAUUAUAAUUGAUUUGAAAAAAUGUCGCCAAUAUUUUUAUUUUGAUUAAUUCAUGCAUUAUGAUUGAUUUGAAAAAUUUCAACAUUUUUUGUUUUUAUGAAUUCCUUAUAAUAUAUAUAUAUAUAUAUACACCCACACACACUCACCCACCUACACAUACACACACCACACACCACACUAGACAGAUAGACAGACAGACAGACAGACAGACACACACAUAUAAAAUUUAAAAAGAUCUAGAUAUAAUGUCAUCAUAGUAUUAAAAAACGAUAUUUAUGUAAAAUAUCUAAAAAAAAAAAAAAAAAAAAAAAAA